CGCGGGCGGGCGGGACCGCGGCCCUGCAGUUGCAGCCGUGGUCUCCGGAUACCCUGAGAUCCUGUCUCCCUCCCAGCGCUGCCCAGAUGGCUUCCCAGAACCGCGACCCAGCCGCCGCCAGUUUCGCGGCCGCCCGUAAAGGAGCCGAGCCCAGCGGGGGUGCCGCUCGGGGCCCCGUGGGCAAGAGGCUACAGCAGGAACUGAUGACCCUCAUGAUGUCUGGCGACAAAGGAAUUUCUGCCUUCCCUGAGUCAGACAACCUUUUCAAAUGGGUGGGGACCAUCCAUGGAGCAGCCGGCACAGUAUAUGAAGACCUGAGGUAUAAGCUCUCUCUGGAGUUCCCCAGCGGCUACCCUUACAACGCGCCCACAGUGAAGUUCCUCACGCCCUGCUACCACCCCAACGUGGACACCCAAGGAAACAUCUGCCUGGACAUCCUGAAAGACAAGUGGUCCGCCCUGUAUGACGUCAGGACCAUCCUGCUCUCCAUCCAGAGCCUGCUCGGAGAACCCAACAUCGAUAGCCCUCUGAACACACAUGCCGCCGAGCUCUGGAAAAACCCCACAGCCUUUAAGAAGUACCUGCAGGAAACCUACUCCAAGCAGGUCUCCAGCCAGGAGCCCUGACCCAGGCUGUCCAGCUCUCUCCCUGUGUUGUCUUUUUUUAUUAUUUUUCCUUAGAUGGUCUGUCCUUUCCUUGAUUUCUGUACAGGACUCUGUACCUUAUCUGUGUAUACCUUAUCUGUGCUGUCAUUUUUGUUUCUGUUUUUUUAAAUUAAGUGUCCGGCUAAGCCCUUGUGAUGAAUAUAUUAAAUAAAUACAUUUGGGGGUUUUUAAACAA